AGACAUCUACUGCGCAUGCACUAGGCAGGCGCCACUAUCGUUCAGAAAUGACGCUUGUUGUACCCUCAAAGCUCCCAGCGUACCUAAGAGCAUCGGAUGGUUCGCCAGGUGCAGAUCUACGUUCAGUGCUAAAGUUUGAUCAAGCGAGAGUUGACAAUCUUUACACACUCGACGCAGAUAAACACGAGAUGCGAUUUGAAUUUCUUGAGAUGGGAGUGAAGUAUGGAGAGACAGAGAAGAGUAGUACGCCCGUCCGUGUCGCUUUGACAUUGAGUGCAGAUUCAAAGAGGAAUGUGACUCUGACUUUCGUCGAGAAGGUGGUUGAGAAGUGGGGAAUAAACUUUGUCGGAACCGUGACUGUGAGCCAUGGCAAUGGGCAGACGUUCGCGGUGUAUUUGCCUGGAAUUAGAACCUAUGAUGCGGCAGGGAUAUCCGGUGACCCUCAUGCCAGUGAGCGUAUUGGUGCCGGAUGUGCAAACACUCAACUCAGCAUCACCAUUGCCCAGUUGGUUGCUCUUCGAGAUGGUGCCACACUGGAGCAAUUAGGUGAAAUUCAAGACGCCAUGAAAAAUGUAGUUGCAUGCUACCACGGUCGAAUGGCUCUUUCCCAGUGGAUGAAAGCCCAAUUGGUACAUGCUAUUAUUGAAAAGAAAGAAGUGACUCCAUACCCUGAGUUUAUUCAACAAAUGAUAGAUGAUGGAAAACUUGAAAUUAAUGCCAACAGAGCACAUACGAAAAUAUACCUUGAGUCAUACAAGGCAGGUCGUCCGGUCUCUCCACCUCAGUUUUACAAGAAAUGUGCAGCUAAAGAGGAUCCGUCUACUUUCCUCAAUGCUGAUCAGCUAAAGGAAUUUAGGCAGCUGGCAGAAGAGUGACUCAUGAAUGCUGUUUAAUAAUGUAAUGAUAAUUAGAUUCUGAUUCUAUAUUUGCAUUUUGUAACACUGUUUAUCAUUGGUGUUAUCAUAUGGUAUAUUCUGUAUUUUCGACAUAGUUUUAUGUUGCUAUUUCAGUGUGUUUAGGAAUGCA